AUGAAUAUUGAACAUGAUGAAGUUGUGAGAACAAAUAAUGUAAUUGAAACACCUUCGUGGACUAAAUUUGACCCACUUUCUGUAGAACAGACGUUGUCAGAUGAAAACACAGAAGAUGAGAUGUAUGCAGAGUUACAUGCCCCAUUUGAAGAACAUGAAAGACGUCGUUAUGUAAUGACGUCUUUGAGUAAUGAAGAUCCAUUCGUUGUUGGGUUUUCUGCUAUCCAAUUUAUGCAAAUUGAACCAAAAGAAGAACUUGUACAUAAUUAUAAAUAUCCACCCAUUCGUCCUUUAAACCCUGUCUUAACUGAUACUAAUGAAAUUAACUCAAAGAAAUGGUCUUGUUCUGUACAAGAUGGUUUUGUUAUUCAUUUUAAGACGUUGAAAUAA